ACGUUUAAACUUUAAUAAUAUAUCAAUAAGGUAAUCUUUUCGAAACGAUUGUUUCCGUAAGAGUUUAGCAAAGCCGAAAGACUACGUCAACGUUUGAACUUCCUAUAUCAAUUGCGAACAUUAACGUGACAAAUUGAUCUUAUAUAACGCAACGUGGUUCUCUCAAAGUACUUUGACAUUAAUCCCUUUUCAUCCCUAUUCGGAGAUAAUGGCGAUGAUGUCGCUGACAAUUGUCGUUUUUUAGUCAAUAAUAAAGUCGGUGUCGAGACGUGUUUGUUUGGUUAAGUCAUAUAUAAAAGAAGUGAAAAAACAUAUGAAAGAUCACAAGAAGUAUGAGUAGCAAUACAAAGAGAACUAUCUACGUCGGUGGUUUAGCAGAAGAAGUAGAUGAAAAAGUAUUACAUGCUGCUUUUAUACCAUUUGGUGAAAUAAUUGAUGUACAAAUACCAUUAGAUUAUGAAUCUGAAAAACACAGGGGAUUUGCAUUUAUUGAAUUUGAAACUGCUGAAGAUGCAGCCGCUGCGAUAGAUAAUAUGAAUGAUUCCGAAUUAUUUGGACGAACGAUAAGAGUAAACAUUGCUAAGCCUCAAAAGAUAAAGGAAGGUUCAUCAAAACCAGUAUGGGCAGAUGACACUUGGUUGCAAGAACAUGCAGGCGAAACGCUUAAAACCGAUGAAAACUCUAAGACGGAUGAUACAUCUCAAUCUAAAAAGACUAAGAAAAACCCCCAAGUUUAUUUCGAUAUCAACAUUGGAAAGCAGGAGUUGGGUAGAAUUAUUAUGAUGCUACGGGCAGAUAUCGUACCGAAAACAGCCGAAAAUUUUCGUGCGCUUUGUACUCAUGAGAAAGGUUAUGGAUAUCAAGGCAGUAUUUUUCACAGGAUUAUUCCAGAUUUUAUGUGUCAAGGAGGAGACUUUACAAACCAUGAUGGAACUGGUGGAAAAUCAAUUUAUGGAAACAAGUUUGAGGAUGAAAACUUUGAAUUGAAACACACAGGACCAGGUACUUUGUCAAUGGCAAAUUCAGGACCAAAUUCAAAUGGAUCACAAUUUUUCCUUUGUACGGCACGCACAGAUUGGUUAGAUGGGAAACAUGUAGUUUUCGGUCAUGUCCUUAGUGGUUUAGAUGUUUUAAAAAAAAUGGAAAAGUAUGGGACACAAUCUGGCACCACGACUCAAAAAGUUGUUAUAUCAGCUUGCGGAGAAUUAACAUAACAAUAAAAGAUAAACGUUAUUAUUGCAAGAAA